UUUUAUUAAUAUCUAUAGCAACAUGACAACUUGGAAAGUGCUUUUCCGUAAUCUCGUCCAUUUCUUUUUUUUCUGGCUAGAACUCUGGUUCAGCGCUGCUCAAAACAAAGAGAUUUGAAUACCUCGACCGGAUUUCUAUAAAAAUGGCUGCUGCUCCUAAGGAUAUUGAGAAGCCUCAAGGCGCUGAUUCUUCUUCCGUUCAUCGCAUCCGUAUCACUUUGACCUCCAGAAACGUACGUUCUUUGGAAAAUGUGUGCCGCGAUUUGAUCAACGGUGCUAAGAACCAAAACUUGCGCGUCAAGGGCCCAGUACGCAUGCCAACCAAAGUUUUGCGCAUUACCACCCGUAAAACUCCUUGUGGUGAAGGUUCAAAGACUUGGGAUCGUUUCCAGAUGAGAAUUCACAAGCGCAUCAUCGAUUUGCACUCCCCAUCUGAGAUCGUCAAGAAGAUCACCUCCAUCAACAUUGAACCUGGUGUAGAAGUUGAAGUUACCAUUGCCAACUAAAUAGUACAUCUUUAUGGUGUAUAAUUUUAAACUUUUUAAUAAAAGUGACAAUUUAAACUAAA